AUGAGCGGUUCAGAAAGCCACAUCAAUAAAAAGCCAAGAUUGAGCAUGUCCGAGGAACUUAGCAAGGAACUGCAACCACAACAGCAACAACAAGAGACUCAGGAAGCGUUUGCUUCCGUGGGAGAACAAGCACAACAGGUCGACAAUUCCGUGAGGCAAACGGGAGCUCAUGAUGCCGAAGGCCAUCCCGUGCAAGAAGUCGAAUCCUUGUGCAUGAACUGCCAUGAAAACGGCAUAACGAGGAUGCUAUUGACGAGAAUCCCAUUUUUCAGAGAAGUCAUCGUGAUGUCGUUUGAGUGCCCCCAUUGCGGGUUCAAAAACAGCGAGAUUCAAGCUGCGGCGCAAAUCGCGGAAAAGGGAUCGAAAUACGUUUUGAAAGUUGAAGAUGUGAAAGAUUUCAACAGACAAGUGGUCAAGUCCGAGACUGCCACUGUUAGGUUCAACGAGUUGGACAUUGAGAUACCGCCCAAGAGAGGCCAAUUGAUCAAUAUCGAGGGUCUCUUGCAGGAAAUGAUCUCCGAUUUGGAAUCGGACCAAGAGGAAAGAAAGAAGAUUCAGCCUCAACUAUAUGACCAAAUCGAUGCCGUUAUCAAGAAAAUUCAACUGUUUCUUAACGGUGACCCGGGCACGUUGCCGUUGACUGUUAGUGUCGAUGACCCAGCGGGAAAUUCAUGGAUCGAGUAUAAGCCUGGCGAAGCGGCGCACAAGUGGGCCAUGUACGAGUACAAUAGAACACCAGAGCAGAAUGUGUAUUUGGGAUUGGUUUCCGCAGAUGAAGUUGCUCAGAACCAGCAACAACAACAAGAAGCAGCAGCAGCUGAAAAGACAAAAUCUGCACCAACUACUGAAUCCACAACUGCAGACCACAACCCCAAAAGCACGGGCUUUUUAUCCGACCAGACCGAUAUCGAGAAUUUCGAAAACGAAGUUCAAUCCUUUGCAGCGACGUGCUCGACGUGUUACAAACCAUGCGAAACGCACAUGAAAACCGUCAAUAUCCCCCACUUCAAAGACGUGGUGUUGAUGUCGACCGUGUGCGAUAACUGCGGCUACAAGUCGAACGAAGUCAAAACGGGCGGCGAGAUCCCUGCUCAAGGCAAGAAAAUCACCCUCAAGGUUGAUGACCCCGAGGACUUGAAAAGAGAUAUACUCAAAUCUGAAACUUGCGGAAUGAACAUCCCGGAGUUGAACUUGGACUUGACUCCAGGUACAUUGGGCGGGAGAUUCACUACAAUCGAGGGGUUGUUGACUCAGGUAUUGUCGGAGUUGAAUAGUCGGGUCUACACUCAGACUUCUGAUUCGAUGGAUGCAGAGACGAAGCAACGGUGGGCCGAGUUUUUCGCCAAGUUGCAAAGUGCCAUCGAUGGCAAAAUCGGCUUCACUAUCGUAAUGGAGGAUCCAUUGGCUGCGUCGUAUGUCCAGAAUGUUUACGCACCGGAUAAGGAUCCAAAUAUGACUAUUGAAGAAUUCGAUAGAACUCAUGAACAAAAUGAGGAUUUGGGGUUGAAUGAUAUGAAAACGGAUUAG